CCACCGCUGGGAAAUCAUGUGAGCCUGUUUGUGUUCAGAGAGAAACGGGCGGCGACGGAGAGUGAAUAAAAGGAGGGUGACACUUAACAUUGUGAGAUCAGGACUGAGGAUGAGGAGGACUCUGCUGUGGCUGCUGGCCUCUCUGGCUUUUGGAUCACUCUCUCCUCUGGCUGAUGGAGCUCCAAUGCAGGUGAUGUCUGCCCCCAACUUGUUGCGAGUAGGAACAGCAGAAAACAUCUUUGUGGAGUGUCAGGACUGCACAGGGGCAGACAUCAGAGUUGAAAUCAGAGUGAUGAAUCAUCCAACCAAAAGCAAAAUGCUGGGAUCCACAUCUGUGACCCUCACUAAUGCAAACCACUUCCAGGCAUUUGGAGAAAUAAAGAUCCCUGCUGGAGACUUCAGUCGGGAUCCCAACAUGAAGCAGUACGUGUACCUACAAGCUCAGUUCCCUGACCGCCUGCUGGAGAAAGUCGUCCUGGUGUCCUUCCAGUCUGGGUACAUCUUCAUCCAGACUGACAAGACCCUCUACACCCCCGACAGUAAAGUUCGUUACAGGAUGUUUGCAGUGACAGCCAGAAUGGAGGCUGUAGAGAGAGAUGCUGAAACCGAUGAUUCUAUUGACUAUGCGAUUGUGACUCCUGAAGGCAUCAUUUUACUACUUAAUACAGUCUCUCUGAGAUCAGGGAUCUACAGCAGUGAUUACCAACUAGAUGAAAUGGCCAGUCCUGGAGUGUGGAAGAUAAUGGCAAGGUUUCACAGCAACCCACAACAGAGCUACUCUGCCGAAUUUGAAGUCAAAGAAUAUGUAUUGCCCAGUUUUGAGGUCAAACUGAUGCCUCUGACCUCCUUCUUUUACGUGGAUAGUCAAGAGUUCCCCAUUAACAUCAAAGCUACGUAUGUGUUUGGCAAAGAGGUGGAUGGGACGGCGUAUGUGUUGUUUGGGGUUAUACAAGACGAUCAAAAGAGGAGCUUUCCAGGUUCUCUUCAGAGAGUGCCGAUCCUGGGAGGUCAUGGGGUGGUUAGUCUGAAGAGAGAACACAUUACACAGACCUUCAACGUUAUGGAUCUUGUGGGGAGCUCCAUAUUUGUAGCUGUCAGCGUGCUUACAGAGAGCGGUGGUGAAAUGGUGGAGGCAGAGCUGAGAGAUAUCCAGAUUGUUACAUCACCUUACACCAUCACCUUCAAGAAAACACCAAAAUAUUUCAAACCAGGAAUGUCCUUUGAUGUUUCCGUUGAGGUUGCUAAUCCUGAUGGCACUCCAGCACAAGGUGUUCGAGUGGUGGUAGAUCCAGGCCACGUGCAGGGCCAUACCACAGCUAAUGGCAUGGCAAAGCUCACCAUCAAUACAGCCAGAACUACCAGACUGUCUAUUACUGCAAAAACAAAUGAUCCUGCCAUUCCACCUGAAAGACAGGCAGCAGCCACCAUGGCAGCUGACUCAUAUACCACCAGAAGCAACAACUUCAUCCACAUAGGUGUGGAUGCAGCUGAGGUGGGAUUAGGAGAAAAUCUGAAAAUAUACUUAAUCUUCAGCAGGCAGACAAACACCCAAAAUGAUAUCACAUACCUGGUCCUGAGCAGAGGUCAGCUGGUGAAACAUGGCAGAUACAAGGCAAGAGGUCAGGUGCUAAUUGCCUUGAUGCUUCCCAUCACUAAAGAAAUGCUGCCAUCAUUCCGCAUCAUUGCCUACUACCACACAAGCGAUAACGAAGUGGUGUCAGACUCUGUUUGGAUGGAUGUGAAGGACUCCUGCAUGGGCGGGCUGAGGUUAGAACCAGCCAGACCAGCCUAUAAGCCUCGCAGCAUGUUUGGUCUGAAGAUAACUGGAGACCCAGGGGCCAUAGUGGGACUGGUGGCAGUGGACAAAGGUGUCUACGUCCUGAACAACAAGCACCGUCUCACCCAGAAGAAGGUGUGGGACGCUGUAGAGAAAUUCGACACAGGCUGCACACCAGGAGGAGGCAGAGAUGGUAUGGGUGUGUUCUACGAUGCUGGACUGCUGUUUGAGUCCAACACUGGUUCUGGGACUCCAUACAGAAAAGAAUUGAGAUGUCCGGUCCCCUCCAGGAGGAAAAGAUCCACCACCAUAAUGGAAGUUACAACCAGCUCAUUGAGUGAUUACAAAGAUGAACUACGACAUGACUGUUGUCAGGAGGGCUUAAAGGAGACCCCUGUUUCAUACAGCUGUGAGAUUCGCAGCAGGUACAUUGAAAAGGAUAAAGCCUGUGUCAAAGCCUUCCUGCAAUGCUGCAGGGACAUGGAAAACCAGCGAGCAGAUCAUAGGGAGGACAACCUCCAACUGGUUCGCAGUAAGAGACAGGAACAUGUGAUGGGGCACUCUGGGUCUUCUGGAAUUGAGGACGGUUACAUGGUCAGUGAGGAAAUUGUGUGUCGCACCCAUUUCCCUGAGAGCUGGCUCUGGUCUGAUGUUAAACUUCCCAAUUGUCCUCGACAAAACCCGAACUGUGACACCGCAUCAUUUUUGAAACAUUUUCCUUUGCAAGAUUCAUUGACAACAUGGAAAAUUAUUGGUGUCAGUCUGUCCCGAACUCAUGGAAUCUGUGUUGGUGAGCCAUUAGAACUAAUUACGAGGAAGGAGUUCUUCAUUGAUCUCAGACUGCCCUACUCUGCUGUCAAAGGAGAGCAGAUUGAAGUCAAAGCAAUCCUCCAUAACUACAGCCCAGAUUCUGCAACAGUGCGUGUGGAUCUGAGGGAGGAGGAGAAUGUGUGUAGUGCCGCCUCCAAACUUGCACGGUUUCGUCAGGAGGUUACUGUUGGACCUCAGACUACACAAUCUGUACCCUUUCUCAUUAUUCCUAUGAAAGAAGGACAGUACACCAUUGAGGUCAAGGCAGCUGUGAGGAACUCAAGUCUCACUGAUGGAGUCAUAAAGGUUUUACGUGUGGUGCCUCAAGGUGUUUUAGUGAAAUCUCCUCAGUUUGUAAUUCUAGACCCCGCAACUAAAGGUGUAGAUGGUAUACAAGAAGAAAUCCUGAACAGCGGAAUUCCUAAUAGAGAUUUGGUUCCCAACACACCAACCAGAACCCAGAUCUCUGUGACAGGAGGAGAAGGCACUUCAGCGUUGGUGGAGAACCCCAUUAGUGGACGAUCAAUGGAGAACCUGUUCUCCCAGCCUAGUGGCAGUGGAGAGAACGUCAUAAGCCGCAUGACCCUUCCAGUCAUCGCCACAACAUACCUGGACAAAACAAACCAGUGGGAAACUGUGGGCUUUCAGAAACGUAACGAGGCCCUUCAGUAUAUCCAGGACGGCUACCAAAGACAACUGCUCUUUCGAAAAAGUGACGGGUCAUUUGCCGUGUUUAGCAGCCAGAGAAGCAGCACCUGGUUGACUGCCUAUGUUGCCAAGGUGUUUACCAUGGCCAACAGGCUGGUAGUAGUGCAACGCCAAGUGAUCUGUGAUGCUGUCAAGUUUCUGAUUCUCAAUGCACAGCAGUCUGACGGCAGGUUCAGAGAAGUUGGAAGAGUGUUAGAUAAAACAAUGAUUGGUGACGUGGAAGGUAUCGACUCAGAUGCCUCCAUGACUGCCUUCUGCCUCAUUGCCCUACAGGGGUCACGUAUACUGUGUUCAGACCAAAUACAUAGUUUACCUGGCAGUAUUGACAAAGCAGUGGCCUACCUGGAGAAUCGUCUGCCCAGCCUCACAAACCCAUAUGCUGUUGCCAUGGCAUCAUACGCCCUCGCCAAUGAAAACAAAUUGAACAGAGAAAUCCUUUACAGAUUCAUUUCCCCAGAGUUUUCACACUGGCCAGUAGUUAAGGGACAAGUAUACACCCUGGAGGCCACAGCUUAUGCUCUUCUUGCUCUUGUGAAGGCCAAGGCCUUUGAAGAUGCCCGACCUGUUGUCAGAUGGUUCAACAAACAGCAGAAGGUGGGCGGAGGUUAUGGAUCAACUCAGGCUACCAAAAUGGUGUACCAGGCUGUUGCUGAGUACUGGGUCAGUGCUAAAGAGAUGGAGUAUGAUCUAAAUGUGCAGAUCUUGUUACCAGGCAGAUUGAAGCCAGUAAAAUACAACUUCAACAGUCUCAACAUCCACACUACGAGAACAGCUAAAAUCAGCGCUAUCAAUGAGAACAUAACAGUGACUGCCGCAGGGGCAGGACAGGCCACAGUGAAGAUGGUGUCGAUGUAUUACACUCUGCCUAGGGAAAAGGAGAGUGACUGUCAGAAGUUUAAAUUGUCUGUACAGCUACUCCUAGAGCGGGUGGGUGAAGAUGAGAAGAUAUACAGGCUGACAAUAGAGAUUUUGUACAAAGACCCAGACCGUGAUGCAACCAUGUCAAUUUUGGAUGUCGGCUUGUUAACUGGCGUCACUGUCAACACACAAGACCUGGACUUAUUAAGUAGAGGACGUGCUCGCACCAUCGCCAAAUAUGAGAUGAACACAGCGCUAUCAGAAAGAGGCUCUCUCAUCAUCUACCUGGACAAGGUUUCUCACACUCGUCCAGAAGAGAUCACAUUUAGGAUUCAUCAGAGGUUGAAAGUUGGAGUGCUACAACCAGCUGCUGUGUCCGUCUAUGAAUACUAUGACCAAACAUCCUGUAUGAAGUUUUAUCACCCGGAGAGGGAAGCUGGACAGGUGCUGCAGCUCUGCAAUAAUGAUGAAUGCAUAUGUGCAGAAGAGACCUGCGCGAUGCAGAAAAAGGGGACAAUCAACACUGCUGAGCGUAUUCUUAAAGCCUGUGAGAGCACACAGACCAGCAAAACAGACUUUGUGUACAAAGUGAGUCUGGAACAAUUUACUGAGAGUUCGUCCACUGACAUUUAUACGAUGCGGGUGGUAGAGGUCAUCAGAGAAGGAAUUACUGAUGUCGGUCCUUGGAGUAAACUGCGUACAUUCCUCAGUUUGCAACACUGCAGGGAGUCUUUGGAUCUGAGGAUUGGCAAAACCUACCUGAUCAUGGGCACAUCUGAAGAUAUUCACAGAGAUGAGCAAAAUCUAUCGUAUCAGUAUGUUCUCAGCAAGAUAACUUGGAUCGAGUACUGGCCCACGGAAGCUGAAUGUCUGAUCAAUAAGUACCGACCCUCCUGUUUGGGCAUAGAGGAGCUUGUCUCAUUGUAUGAACUCUUUGGGUGUCAGCAGUAGAGAAACUCAAAAACAGAAAAUGUAAUUUUCAAAUUGUUGUGCAUUAUUCAAAUUUUGUAAGAGCUACCAAAGAUAUUUUGCACUGUGUGGAUUAAAAUAUAAAACCUCUGA